UUCAAAAAAUCUAACUCUUACAAUGUCAACGAUUGAGCAUAAUGCAAAAAAGAUGACAUUUCUUCCAUAUCCCGUGCCACGUUUUUUGCCACUUCCCAAAGAACACGUAUUUUCCGCUUAAAAAAACAGAGUAGGCGCUUGUAGUCACUGGUGAGCUAUUUUUAGGCAGACCCGCGGGCACCAAGUUGGUGACACCUGUGGUUGUUUGUCUCUCUGUGAUUGGCUGACCACCAGUCGAGGUUAUACCCUUUCUCUGACCCAAAUUAGCGAGGAUAGACUCCAGCUCAUCUGCAUCCCUUAUUGUGGGCAAACCCCAGUUGACAAAACGAAGAAUGGAUGAAUGAAUAAAUCGAUAUUUGGACUUGUCUUGCUUGCUGUGCCCGCAGUGGCCUGACAGGGGGCGCCAUGCUUCCGCACCCAAUGCAAAAAAAAAAAACCUACCUGGGCGUUAUCUCUGAGAGCCUUCGAUCGACAUUCAAUCUCAACCCAAAACCGUCAGCCCACUAGACGUCCCCUCUUUCUUUGCUCUUUCUCACUGUCCCUCCCUGUACUCCCCAAGUGGAUUCUUACACUUCCAGUCAACAGGUCCUCCCCAAAGCCGAGUCCAUUGGGCGCAAUCGAGGAAGUUGACGGGCGUGGAAUUGGUUAACGGAGUCGGUCCAAUCAACCCGUCAUCGGAACCGCGAUUGAGGAGCCAAAAGGAGGAGGGAGAGCGGUGAGGACGGGGGUGGGGGUGGGGGAGGUUGGGGGAAGAAAGCAUCGAUUCCUUGUGAAGCCGCCUGCCGCGCAUCCUUAGCCCGCUCAUUGCCGUGUCCACAUCCGCUCCAUCAUCACCACCAUCCCGAAAAAUCCACAAUGAAGGACCGCAUGCAAGAACUUCGACAUGGGAAGGAGACGACAGAGGAGGAAGAUGAAGUGGCCGUGGGGAUGGACAAAGGAUUCAUGGAUGAAUUCUUUGAGCAGGUGGAGGAAAUCCGAGGUUUCAUCGAGUCUCUGGCGGAGAAAGUUGAGGAGGUGAAGAGGAAACACAGUGCCAUUCUUGCAUCACCAAAUCCUGAUGAGAGAACAAAGGCCGAACUGGAGGAUCUAAUGGCAGACAUCAAGAAACUGGCCAACAAAGUGCGCUCCAAAUUAAAGAGCAUUCUGCACACUAUCGAGCAGGAAGAAAGUCAGAACACGUCGUCAGCCGAUUUGAGGAUACGCAAGACACAGCACUCCACAUUGUCCCGCAAGUUUGUGGAGGUGAUGUCCGAGUACAACACCACCCAGUCGGACUACAGGGAGCGCUGCAAGGGCCGCAUCCAGAGGCAGCUGGAGAUCACUGGAAGAAAUACAACAAACGAGGAGUUGGAAAGCAUGCUCGAAAGCGACAAUCCUGCUAUCUUCACGUCAGGGAUCAUCAUGGACAACAUCACCCAGCAGGCCAUGAACGAAAUCGAGACGCGGCACAAUGAGAUCAUCAAGCUGGAAAACAGCAUCCGAGAGCUUCACGACAUGUUCAUGGACAUGGCCAUGUUGGUGGAGAGCCAGGUGCAAAUGCUUAUCUUCUAUCCAUCGUGCGUCGUCGUGCGUCAGACAGACUAAAGUGUGCGGGAUGCAAAAGUCCUCGAGGUGUCACAAUGGUCAAAUGUUGACAUGCGGAUUAGCCCGGUGCUCUUCAGAUCAACUGUAAAUGACACAAGCAGAAAUCUGUGGAGAAUGUUGGUAAGUUAGGAAAAGAAGAAUUCAAGUUCCACUGCACCGUGCACACGAAAGGAAGACAAUCCAGCGUUGCUAUGACAAUGACAAGGCCCCGAUUUUUCUCCCUCUGUCAAACUGACUUUUCACUUAUAGGGAGCUUUCACGCAACGACAGGAUAUGAACACGUUGUCAGCCCGACACGUUUUCUCCAUGCAGUUUACAUUCGUGCUUUAAUUGUAAAUGGUUAUGAAAUGAACUAACCUUUCUAUCAUGAAAUGCUUCAUAAUUGUGUGAAUUUUCUCCCUCCCUUUACCGUUAAUAUUCCUUGUUUCUAUUCCUCAUUUUUCCACACAUCAAUGGCACUAAGCGCUAGAGAACACUGCAGCCAGCUAACGCACAAAGGUAAUUGACUCCUUUUUUCUUCUGUUCACUUUGGGGGAAUCAACGUUGCUGUCCAUGCAAUCUUUUGUUCAUUCAGCCUGUUGCUUGGAAUAUUUUAAAAGGGACUUGGAUUCCGAUACAAACGAGUUUUGGUCCUGUGUAUUGUGAAUGUAGGACGAUAUAAAACCUCAUUGUUAAAAUGUUGUGAGAUGACUCAUGAU